AUGUCAUUCAAGUUUCUAAUAGAAUCAUUGAUUCUUGGUUCGGUAGGUGGACAGAUACGGUGCGGUAAAUCUUCGGUAAUUCCUCGUGAUGAUGUAUCCUAUGGUGGAGACAAUGCUGACGAACUUAACAUGGAUAUCAUGUUGUUUGCAUUCGGGACUCUAGUGGUGGUCUACAUCAUCAUCUGUAUUAUUUAUUUCUUCACAAAACAGAUAGCUACACGGCUGAUAACUGCAUAUUAUAACGAGCACGGUCCUGGCCAGAGAAUAUCCUUGUUCAGUGAUUAUGAUGAAAAUAAUACCCACAUACAUAGCAGAAGACUAAUGGAAAACAUGAAUUUGAGGUGGCCAAACAAUCUUGACGAUAUUAAUGAAGUAAGAGGUAAAUUGGCGCACCUAUCACCCGAAGAACAAUUUUAUUAUAAGCAAGGCGAAGAAUAUAUCAAACAAAACCCGCCCUUCUUGCUUAACCAGGGACUAUUACAGCAAUCCGAGGGCAACAAUCUGGAGGCCACCAGUGAGGACCCAAUAUUGAACGAUCAAACAAGACAGUAUAUUCAAGAGGAGGGAGCUCACGCAUGGGAGUUUAACCCAAAUCCAGAUAUGCCAAAUCAUACCGUCGUAGUGGAAAACAAAACGGAAAUAUCUUUCCUAAACUAUAAUUAUGAUGCUUCUAUAUCUACAAAUUUACCUAUUCCGUGCAUAAAUAAGGUGUACUACUGUGAAUUCAAGAUAUUCGAAACGGAUGGCCCAUUGAAUGGUAAUGAUGACACAUCCAAAAGCGUGAUUUCGUUUGGCCUCUCCACACAUCCUUACCCCUAUUUUAGGCUACCAGGGAGACAUCACCACUCAAUAGCAUAUGAUUCGAACGGGGCCAGGAGAUUUAACGACUCCUUCAAACUGAAUGAACAAUUAAAGACGUUAUUCCCACAAUGUGAAAAAGGAGACAUUGUUGGUAUUGGCUAUAGAUCACGUAGCGGAACAGUUUUCUUUACCAGAAACGGUAAAAAACUAAAUGAAAAAUCCGUUGGUGGUCACAUCCGUGGUUGGAAAUUCAAGUAUUUAUAUCCAAUUAUUGGCUCCAAUGUACCUUGUCAAAUCCAUGUGAACUUCGGUACUUAUGGCUUCGUUUACAUCGAAGCAAACGUUAAAAAAUGGGGAUAUGCAAAAUCAAACGGUAUAAAGUUGCCCCCCCCUUCCUACGAAGACUACGGUAAAGAUACUUUAUUAGAAAGUGGUGGUGAGGAUAAUGAUCUCGACGAUGAUUUAUCAGACGGUGAUAGCGAUAAUAUUACCGCUGGCAUCACCACAAAUGUUAGUGAUGAUAUAAUUAUAAGGAACGGUGAGAUAUUACCACCACCACCAGGAUUUGAAUUCACCAUGUCCCCUCCAACUGGGAAGGAGAUAUUUAAUGAGGAAAUUAAUUUAGAUUCCUUGCCCAUGCUACCGCCGAGUUACUCGGAUGAUGAACAUCAUCUGAAAAGUGAUAAAUCCGCAACAGGUCAGCGAACUAUUGGAACCAGUAGAAAUUUAAUGACUGAUGAGGCACCUUCAAAUGUUAUUGAUAAUGAUAAUGAUGACGAAGAGGAUAACAAUCACGAUAGAGAUCUCGAACAACUUUCUGCAUUUAGUAAUUACGAAAGCAGGAUGCAUGGUAUACACUAG